GCUUGCAAGCAAAGAAGUCUUUCUCACGUCUCUCUUUCUAGACUUUCUUUUCCAAAUAUAUGAGGCUGAUUCAGUUUCUCAAACUCUGGAAUUAUGUGAUUGUCCUGAUUCCAAAGAGCCUUCUAGCAGCGCAGCAGGAUUGAAAUUUGGAUAUGGAUAUCAUCUCCAGUUCUGCACCAUGCUGUUAUACUAUUCCUCGUCUCACUGUUACAACUAAUUCAAAAUGGAUUUCAUCUCGAAAGACUGAAUUGAGAGUUAUUUGCGGGUAUAAAUCUUAUGCUGCUGAUGAUAGAAAGAGUUUGAGUAGUACUGUUGCUGGAAAUGAAGAAAAAACAAUAGCUAAGAUGUUGAUUCCAGGUUUGCCUACUGAAUCUGGUGGUGAAUCUGAAGUUUCAAUUAGCAGUGGUUUUUGGGAGUGGAAGCCCAAAUUCACUGUUCAUUAUGAAGCAGCAGGAUCUAAGAAUGUUAACUCACCACCGAUUCUUUUUCUUCCUGGUUUUGGUGUUGGUUCAUUUCAUUAUGAGAAGCAGCUAAAGGAUUUAGGUCGUGAUUAUAGAGUAUGGUCCAUAGAUUUUCUCGGGCAAGGCAAGUCUUUGCCUCUAGAAGAUCCAACAUCUCAAACCAGAGAGGGGCAGAGUUCUUCUAUGUGGGGCUUUGGAGAUCAUGCUGAACCUUGGGCUAAUGAUCUGGUCUAUUCUAUUGACUUAUGGAGGGACCAAGUUCAGUAUUUCAUAGAAGAGGUCAUCAAAGAACCCGUUUAUAUAGUGGGAAACUCACUUGGAGGCUAUGUUGCACUGUACUUAGCAGCAUGUAAUCCUGAGCUUGUGAAGGGAGUUACACUACUUAAUGCAACACCAUUUUGGGGAUUUCUGCCAAAUCCUACAAGGUCUCCAAGUCUGGCAAGACUUUUCCCAUGGGCAGGAACAUUUCCUCUUCCAGACAGUAUUAGAAAGCUCACUGAAAUCAUAUGGAUGAAGAUUAGUGAUCCCGAGAGUAUCGCAGAAAUACUCAGACAAGUUUAUGCAGAUCACUCAACAAACGUCGAUAAAGUGUUCUCACAUAUACUUGAGAUAACAGAGCAUCCAGCUGCUGCUGCUUCAUUUGCAUCCAUUAUGUGUGCUCCUCAAGGUCAAAUGUCUUUCAAGGAUUCUUUGUCUAGAUGUGGAAUAAACAACAUACCAAUCUGUCUUGUGUAUGGAAAAGAAGAUCCUUGGGUGAAUCCUUUCUGGGGGAUACAGGUGAAGAAACAGUUACAGGAAGCUCCUUAUUAUGAAAUCAGCCCUGCUGGUCAUUGCCCUCAUGAUGAAGUGCCCGAGGUAGUGAAUUACUUGUUACGCGGGUGGAUAAAAAGCGUAGAAUCUCGGUUUUGCGUUAAAUUUCCUCUUCUUGAGGAGGCGCAAAACGACGAGUAUGGUGUAGCCAGAGAAAUGGAAUUUGUUAGAGAAGGUUCUAGAAAAUCUGUGAGGGUGCAAUUUGUUGGAGGAAAUGAUAUAUCUUUAUGGAGACGCAUUAGCUCUUACAUAUAUAGUAAGUUUAGUCAUGUUGUAACAUUGGGGAAAAGUGUUUGAAAGUGAAGAAAUAUAUUAUAUUUAGUAUAUGGAAAUUGUUAAUAUGUAGGUUAUUCUUGAUAAUAAAAAUUGUAGAUUUACCAUUUGAACAUAUGCAUAUAUUUUUGUUU